UUCGUUGGAGAACGCGGUUCGGUGACGAAACACGUGAUACGUCAUAAAGGCGCUCCCGCAUCUUCAUUCGACGACAGCCGACGAUCCCUGGUAUCAGCGACAAAACAUGGACUUGAUAUUCUUCAUUACUACGGGGAUUCUGGCAGUUUUCAGUACAACACUACUUGUGACGUACAAAUUAUUGAUUCAUGGUCUUCACGUAUUUAACUAUCAGCUAUCAGCCAGGACAAAAACCAAAGCAUCGUAAUUCUCUUGGCACUAUGUACUGCAGAAUAGAUAGAUCAUGAGAUAUAGUUUAUUAUUAAUACAAUCGCAUAAGUAUCAUUAUGAAAUUAAUUCCGAGCUGAAUAGCCGUGAAUUCUUCUCUAAGUAUAAAAAAAAAUCACUUCGGAUCACGAAUUAUUCUUUAUCGAAAUACUAAUAAUUUUCACAAAUGUCCCCCUUUUCGUCUAUUCACGAUACGAAUAAUAUGUUCAUAAUUUCUAACGAAUCACCGUGUACUCGGAUACAUAUUCUAACACUAUCUGCAAGUCACUACCAUUUUCUAAUAAUGCAAUAAAAUAAACUGAGAAUUUGGCAUUGAUUCAACACGUGGACAUGAUGUUGAGCCUCUCAAGUUCCCCUCGGUACUGAUAAAUGUUCAAGGAGGACGGAUCGUACACGAUUCACUAAAAGGCACGCACCUAUAUCUUUAUCGGAAGCAUUAAGCAAUAUUGUGACAUAAAAACGUAACGUCUCUCUCACUCAGAUUGUUAACCUUCCAGCAUUGGUACGCAUGCAUACGUCUCACUCAAAUACCAAAACGUAUCAGCAUCGAGUUAACCAUCGACCAGAUAAGGUCGUUAUGAGUAGGAAAUGAUACGAGUACUGGCAACAGUGUAAAUCGCGAAAAUCUUCAGUACUUAGAGUUACCGCGUUACUUCGAACGGUCAAAAAUAUGUCGCGACACUCAAUGUUCGUUGCACUUAUCCUGGCCACGAGUGUUUUACAUCAGGGAUUCACCUCGAGAAUUCUCGGUGUAUUUCCCCUACCUUCGAUCAGUCAUCAAGUCGUAUAUCGUGGACUGACGUUGGCGCUGAGAGAGCGAGGUCACGAACUUGUCAUCGUUACCACGGACCCGGUCAACGAUCCAACCCUGACCAACUACACGGAGAUAGAUGUUAGCAUUCUUUAUGGAGAAUUCAACAAGAAUUUGGACUGGGUUGCUCAUCGAGAGACCAACACGUGGCUCGAGUCGAUACAGACACUGGCGCCGAAGUUUAUACAGGUUACCGAAACCGUGCUGGGCCAUCCAGAAUUGAAAAAGCUUUACUCUACAAACAGAGGGGAAAAGUUCGACUUGUUAUUGAUUGAGAUGCUUGUUUGGCCAGCGUUGUUCGCUCUUGGUGAGCGACUCGAUGUUCCAGUCAUCGGUAUGUCGUCGUUGGGUCUUAAUGUUCAAAUGCAUUAUGGAAUUGGAAAUCCCAUAAUGCCUUCUCAUCCUUCGCAUUGGGAUGCCAAAAUACAAGUGAUUGGAAAGCUGACAUUCUGGCAGAGAUUGCAGAACUUUGUACAGUUGUGGACAUAUCUGUACUGGUACAGAACAGAUUACCUCCAAGCGCAGCAGGCUACUGCACGGAAAUACCUUGGAAAGGAUAUUUCCGAUAUUGGUGAAUUGGAAAAGAACGUCAGUCUGGUUUUCGUCAAUCAACAAUCGUCGAUUUCAUUCGUCAGGCCGAACAUUCCUCGAGUCAUAGACAUCGGUGGAUUCCACAUGUCAAAAGAGACGAAGCCUCUGUCGGAGGACCUUCAAAAGAUUUUGGACAAAGCAACGGAGGGCUUCAUAUACAUGAGCCUUGGAACAAACGUGAAAAGCAUCAUGUUGAGUAACGAAACACGUGGAGAGUUUAUAGCCGCAUUUUCACGACUGCCCUACAUCGUUAUUUGGAAAUUUGAGGGUGAUGUUCUUCCCGGACAGCCGGAGAACGUGAUAAUCAUGAAGUGGGCCCCGCAGCAGUCUAUUUUAGCGCACCCGAACAUAAAGGCUUUCAUAUACCAAGGAGGACUUCAGAGUACAGAAGAAGCGAUUUCUCACGCUGUUCCCGUGAUUGGUUUACCAGUAUUAGCCGAUCAGGAUACACUUGUAAAUAAAAUGGUGUCUCUUGGUGUUGGUCGAAAUUUGAAUAUUUUGAGCGUUAAUAGGGAGAAUCUACUGGAAGCAAUUCGCUCCGUUGUGCUAGAUAACGGCUACAAGCAACGGAUGAUAAACUUGCGGGAUCUGAUAAGAGACAAGCCGUACGAUUCUUUGGAGAACGCGGUUUGGUGGACGGAACACGUGAUACGUCACAAGGGCGCUCCGCAUCUCCAUUCGACGAUAGCCGACGCUCCAUGGUAUCAGCGGCAAGACAUGGACUUAAUUUUCAUUAUUUCAUCGGCGACUUUCAUAGCUUUGAUUAUAACACUAGGUGUUUCGUACAAGUUCUUGGUUUACAGUAUUCAUUUGCUCAAUCACGAUCGGCAGUUUAUUAGCAAGCAGAAAAAAUCCAAGACAGUAGUUGGAAAAUCACGGUGUGAUUAUUUCGGGCGGACGAUAAUGUCGCGGUAUUUAAUAUCGGUUACACUGAUCCUGGCGAUCGGUGAUCUGCAUCAAGUAUACGCAGCGAGAAUUCUCGGCAUAUUUCCGAUGCCCUCGUUGAGUCAUCAGGUCGUAUUUAGGGGAUUGACUUUGGCGCUAAGGGAGCGAGGUCACGAACUCGUUGUAGUCACUCCGAACCCGAUCAAUGAUCCGACCCUGAAGAACUACACGGAGGUGGAUGUGAGCUUUCUGUAUGAUAUCUUCAAUAAAGAGACGGAUUGGAUCGCUGGUCGGAAUGAAGACACGUGGCUUGGGGUCCUAAGGAGAAUAACACCAAUCUUCAUGACGAUGACCGAAGGCGCUCUUGGCCAUUCGGAAGUACGAAAGCUUUAUGCGCCGAACAGUGGGGAAAAGUUUGACUUGAUGUUAAUUGAGAUGCUUUACUGGCCAGCCUAUUUACCCCUAGCAAAACGAUUCGACGUUCCAGUGGUGGGUAUGGCGUCUCUGAGUCUCUCAGUUUACAUGCAAUACGGAAUCGGGAAUCCCAUAAUGGCUUCUCAUCCAUCAAAUUGGGAUUGCGGUGCGGCGGUUUUGGGAGACCUAACAUUUUGGCAAAGGUUGAAAAACUUCGUACGAACGUGGCGAUUUCUAUACUGGUAUAGAACAGAUUACAUGCAGAAACAGCAAGAGAUUGCAAGGAAAUACUUUGGAAAUGAUAUUCCUGAUAUCGGUGACGUUGAAAAAAAUAUCAGCCUAGUUUUCGUGAAUCAACAGACACCGAUUACAUUCGUGAGACCAAACAUUCCCAAUAUUGUAGGUAUCGGUGGGUUUCACGUGUCAAAUCAGAGCGAGCCUUUAUCGAAGGACCUUCAGAGGACCUUGGACGAAGCAACGCAAGGCUUCAUAUACAUGAGCCUUGGAUCGAACGUCAAGAGCGCAACGUUGAGUAAAGAAACGCGGGGCGAAUUCAUAGCCGCGUUUUCAAAACUCCCGUACAUCGUUAUUUGGAAAUUUGAGAGUGACUUUCUCCCGGACAAACCGGACAAUGUUUUUACCGUAAAGUGGGCACCGCAGCAAUCUAUUCUAGCGCAUCCGAAUAUAAAAGCUUUCAUAUACCAAGGAGGACUUCAGAGUACAGAGGAAGCAGUUUCUUACGCUGUUCCGGUGAUUGGGCUACCAGUGUUUGCCGAUCAGGACACACAAGUCGAUAAAAUGGUGUCCCUCGGUGUUGGAAAGCAGUUAGAAAUUCUCACCGUAAACAGGGUGAAUCUGGUGGAAACAAUUGAAUCCGUCGUAACCGACAGCAGUUACAAGGAAAGAAUGUUGAAAUUACGAGAUUUGAUGGAAGACAAGCCGUACGAUUCGUUGGAGAACGCGGUUUGGUGGACGGAACACGUGAUACGUCACAAAGGCGCUCCGCAUCUCCAUUCGACGACAGCCGACGAUCCCUGGUAUCAGCAGCAAAACAUGGACUUGAUCUUUAUCAUUUCAUCUGUGAUUUCGAUAGCUCUGAUUACAGCACUAGUUGUACUGUACAAAGUAUUGGUUCACAGUGUCCGUUUGCUAAGCCGCAAUCAUCUACCGGUUGACCAAAAAGACAAAGUAUGUUAGAUUACUUCUAAGAUUUUGUUGCAGCAGGUAGUUGACGAAAGACAUUUGUAUAAAAUAGAUAUUAAAACUGACGACCACGAAGUGAAUCAAAUACUCGAAAGGGUCUAACAGGGAUCUCAUGUCUAUCCGAUAAUUGAACAUACGCGUAAUUCAAAGAGUUGCCAAAUAAAUGGUUUUGGAAAUAUCAACACACAUUCGACACCGGCUUUAUGGAAAUACACAGUUUAUUUGACCAUUCCUGUACUGCAAGAAGUUGUGUUUUUAUAAGCGUUGUAUUUUCUGUUUUAUUUUUGCAGCUGAUAAAAUAUCACG